GUCUGUUGUCGUGACUGCUGGUAUUUUGGGGCAGCGGCAGCCUGUGGUUAGUUAUGAUGCCUACCCACGGCCAUCAAUUAACAGGUGCUGUGAUUCUAUAAAAGUUGUCAGCUUGGGCGCUCGGCGGUUUAGUUGGAUAGCACUUCUUGGUCGCGAAACCUAAAGGAUAUUUUGCAGAAAUGAAUAGUCUAACAUUAUCUUGCCUUGUCUUUCUACGGUUGAUCUUUGUGGAGUCCACUUUGAUAUUUCAAACCAACUCGGAAUUCGGUAUUUUUAUGGCCAUAUCAGUGCCACUUACUUUGAAGAAUCGCAAUGUGUUCCUUUCGUACAACUAUGAAUUCAACUACUACCAGCCCGAGCACAUCUACAAGUAUCCUCCGAUAUUGAUGGGUGAUAACUGGGAGGAUAGUUAUUUGACGUAUAACACCACUGGUGGAGAUGAUAGUAGCAGCAGCAGCAGCAGAUCCUUUCGUUCUGUGGAUGAUAAUAGUUCAACCAAAAAACGAACUUUACCAAUCAUGAGUCGAACGAAUUUCUACAUUAUGCUCAAGGAUAAAUUGGAGAGAUCAGGAUACCCUGCUGAGUCCUGCCUCCUUCGCUUGAUUUGCGAAACGAAUUCCUCAACGCUUGGCCAAGUCAACGGACUCUUGGGCAGCAUAGUGCAUAUCUUGUUCACACCCAGCAGCUCCAAUGACGAGAAUCUCGACAAAGACUACUACCAAGCCGAAUGGGAUGGCCUUCGCCAUGGCGACUGCUCAUCUUAUGCUAGCCAAUGUGAAGAGAAUGUAUUGGACUUGAUAUCAAGGCCAUUGCAUGAUGUUCUUAGGGAAGCUCUGGAUAGACGAAAUGGAAGACCAUAAACUGGAUAUUAAAUCAGGCGCUUAUGCUUCUUGGAAACGCACCUUUCUUGUCGACUUUUGCCCAAGGCGGCCGCCAGUUGGUUUUAAAACGCUCACAGUCGAACAUCGGAAAUUGUUUGCCAUUGGAUAUUUUAGAAUUUUAUCAAUACCAUGUACAGAACUUUGAUAUUCGCACCAUUUCUUUUCCUCUGUGCCAUAAUAAAUAACU